AUGGUGGGAGCUCUCCAAUACUUGACACUUACAAGGCCAGACCUCUCCCAUAGUGUCAACCAGCUAUGCCAGUUCCUUCAUUGUCCAAGAACUACCCAUCUCAUAGCUGCCAAGCGAGUCCUCAGAUAUCUCAAAGGGACACUUCACUUUGCCCUUCAAUUCAGCAAAGGCUCUUUAAACCUUAAUGCUUUCUGUGAUUCAGACUGGGCAGGCAGUCCCGAUGACAGAAAGUCCACAUCGGGUUAUUGCAUUUACCUUGGUCCUUGCCUAAUUUCUUGGACAGCCAAGAAGCAACCCGUUGUUUCUAGAUCUAGCACAGAGGCUGAGUAUCGGUCAAUGGCACACAUAGUGGCUGAGCUCUAG